AUGUCGUCUCAAUACACAUCCUUUCCCACUAUUCGUGGGGAUCAAGUUCCAGAUUAUCCUCAAUGCACACCCCGUCGCCUGAAAAUCAUCCAUGUUGGAAUGGGCGCUUCGGGCUUAGUGUUCGCACACAAGGCGGAUAAAUACCUCAAAAAUUUCGAGCUUGUAUGCUAUGAGCGAAAUUCUACCAUAGGAGGAACGUGGUACGAAAAUAGAUAUCCGGGAUGUGCAUGCGACAUUCCAGCUCAUACGUACACAUUCCCUUUCUAUGGCAACACGGAAUGGAGUGGGUACUACAGUUAUAGUCACGAAAUCCAAGACUACUUUCUACGAUUUGCUAAAGACUACGACGUGGAGAAAUUUGCCGUUCUUAACACAGAGGUACUCGCAUGUACAUGGACCGGUGAUCAAUGGGAGAUCGAAUUGCGCAAAAAGGAUGGCUCGGUAUUUGUUGAUACCUGCGAUGUCUUAGUAAAUGGCUCUGGCAUUUUCAACAAAUGGAAGUGGCCAAGCAUUGAAGGUCUUUCGGAUUUCUCUGGUAUUGUAGCACACUCUGCAAGAUGGCCACAAGAUCUUGACUGGACGAACAAACGUGUUGCUGUUAUUGGAACAGGAUCGAGUUCCAUUCAGAUGGUACCCAGAUUUGCAAACAACGCGAAGCAAGUUACAGUUUUCAUGAGAAAUCGCACCUAUAUUGGCCCUCAAAUAGGAUCAGAUAUCUCUAACAAGGAGGCUGAUCCGGAAGCAAUGGAGCCGUUGGCGGCAGGAAAGCACCAUUACACUGAGAAAGAAAAGAUUCGGUUUCGCGAAGAUCCAGACUAUCACCUUAAGUACCGCCGGGACAUUGAACGAGCCGUUGUGAGUGGUUUCAAAAUGUUUUACCGCGGAAGUGAUGCCAAUGUCGAGGCAAAACAAACAAUGCAAAGAAACAUGGCAAAAAGAAUUGGCGAUGGUCAUGAGGACCUCAAAGAUCGAUUUAUACCGGACUGGAGUCCUGGGUGUCGCCGGUUGACACCAGGGGAGGGAUACCUCGAGUCGUUGGUGCUACUUAACGUCAAUCCAACGUUUGAGGAGAUCAUCAAAAUAACUUCCACUGGUAUCUUGACUAAAGACGGGAUCGAACAUGAAGUUGACAUUAUUGCUUGCGCAACUGGCUUCGAUAUCCAGUAUCUGCCGCACUUCAAAGUUAUCGGACUUGGUGGAGAAGUCAUGCAGGAUAGCGAGCCGAAUGUUUACGCGUCCAUUGCAUCUCCCGGUUUUCCCAACUAUUUCGUGGUGAACGGACCUAGAGGAAAUUGGGGCCAGGGAUGUGCACUUCCGAGUCACGAAGUUCAGGUUGAGUACAUCAUUCAAAUGUGUCGAAAGAUUCAGGAAGAUGGAAUCAAGACCAUCAUGCCUAAACUAGAAGCCACUUUACAAUUGAACGCGUACAUGGACGCAUGGCAUGCUAAGAACUCGGUUUGGGCAGAGAGCUGUAGGAGUUGGUACAAGGACAACAAACCCGACGGUAGGAUACAUAUUUGGCCUGGGAGCCUUUACCACCACUUGAGAUAUAUGAAAAGACCAAGAUACGAGCAUUAUGAUAUCGUGUACCAGAACUCUGACAAUAUUUUCGCAUUCCUUGGAAACGGAUUGACCAUCACAGAAGAGACCUUUGACAAGGACACGAUGCCUGUUCCAUACAUUCGGAAUAACGAAGACGAGCAGUGGGAUAUCGCAUAA